CGACAAGCGAGGUAGCGAGUGGCGCAGGGACCCAGCGGGCUGCUGGGGCUUCUGCGGCGCCCGCCUACGCUCCCUCCCCUCGGGCGCUCGGGGCGCCGACUGGCGCCGCCCCCCGGGAAGAUGGCGCUGCACUUUCAGAGUUUGGCUGAAUUGGAAGUAUUAUGUACUCAUCUCUACAUAGGGACUGAUCUUACACAAAGAAUAGAGGCUGAGAAAGCACUCCUGGAACUUAUUGACAGCCCAGAAUGUCUCAGCAAGUGUCAACUUUUAUUAGAACAAGGAACAACAUCCUAUGCUCAACUCCUUGCAGCAACAUGUCUUUCAAAACUUAUUAGCCGAGUCAGUCCUUUGCCGAUUGAACAAAGAAUAGAUAUCAGAAACUACAUUCUUAAUUAUGUGGCAUCACAACCCAAGCUGGCUCCCUUUGUCAUCCAAGCUCUAAUUCAAGUCAUUGCUAAAAUUACUAAAUUGGGGUGGUUUGAGAUUCAGAAAGACCAGUUUGUCUUCAGAGAAAUUAUUGCUGAUGUGAAGAAGUUUCUUCAGGGUACUGUGGAACACUGCAUAAUAGGAGUAAUAAUCCUCUCAGAAUUGACUCAGGAAAUGAACCUGGUUGAUUAUUCUAGACCUUCAGCAAAACACAGGAAAAUAGCUACCUCAUUUCGUGACACUUCUCUUAAAGACAUUUUAGUGCUAGCAUGCUCUCUUCUAAAAGAGGUGUUGGCCAAGCCUUUAAACCUUCAGGAUCAAGGUCAACAAAACCUAGUAAUGCAAGUCUUGAAACUGGUCCUCAACUGCCUUAACUUUGACUUCAUUGGCAGUUCAGCAGAUGAAUCUGCAGAUGAUCUUUGCACAGUACAGAUUCCAACAACUUGGAGAACAAUUUUCCUGGAACCAGAAACAUUGGAUCUUUUCUUUAAUUUGUAUCAUUCACUUCCACCACUCCUAUCUCAGUUAGCACUUUCAUGUUUAGUUCAGUUUGCUUCUACAAGAAGGUCCUUAUUUAGCAGUCCUGAGCGUGCCAAGUACCUUGGUAAUUUAAUCAAGGGAGUAAAAAGGAUACUUGAAAACCCUCAGGGUUUGUCCAAUCCAGGUAAUUAUCAUGAAUUUUGUCGAUUUUUGGCUCGUUUAAAGACAAAUUACCAGCUGGGAGAAUUAGUUAUGGUGAAGGAGUAUCCUGAAGUUAUCAGAUUGAUUGCUAAUUUUACCAUUACUAGCCUACAGCAUUGGGAAUUUGCUCCCAACAGUGUUCAUUAUUUAUUAACUCUCUGGCAAAGGAUGGUAGCAUCAGUUCCUUUUGUGAAAUCAACUGAACCCCACUUAUUAGACACUUAUGCACCAGAAAUCACGAAGGCCUUUAUCACUUCUCGGUUGGAAUCUGUUGCCAUAGUUGUGAGAGAUAAUUUAGAUGAUCCACUGGAUGAUACCGCCACUGUGUUUCAGCAGUUGGAGCAGUUGUGCACUGUUAGCAGAUGUGAAUAUGAGAAGACAUGCACUCUUCUUGUACAGUUGUUUGAUCAAAAUGCACAGAAUUACCAAAAGCUUCUGCAUUCAGCUUCUGGAAUAACUGUGGACAUGGCAAUUCAGGAAGGACGUCUUGCCUGGCUGGUAUACUUGGUUGGGACAGUUGUUGGAGGAAGAUUAACAUAUACCAGUACAGAUGAACAUGAUGCUAUGGAUGGAGAAUUAUCCUGUCGAGUUUUUCAGCUUAUAUCUUUAAUGGAUACCGGAUUGCCUCAGUGUUCUAAUGAGAAAAUAGAACUUGCAAUUCUGUGGUUCUUGGAUCAGUUUCGUAAAACAUAUGUUGGUGAUCAACUUCAGCGAACCUCAAAGGUAUAUGCCCGUAUGUCAGAAGUCUUAGGAAUAACAGAUGACAACCAUGUUCUAGAAACAUUCAUGACGAAAAUUGUUACAAACCUUAAAUACUGGGGAAGAUGUGAGCCUGUCAUUUCAAGGACUCUUCAGUUCCUAAAUGACCUUUCUGUUGGCUAUAUCCUUUUAAAAAAACUUGUGAAGAUAGAUGCCGUGAAAUUCAUGUUAAAAAAUCACACGAGUGAACACUUCCCCUUUCUUGGCAUCAGUGACAGUUACAGUCUCAGUGACUUCAGGUGCCGAACAACCUUCUACACAGCCCUCACUCGUCUUCUGAUGGUAGAUCUAGGCGAAGAUGAGGACGAAUUUGAGAAUUUCAUGCUGCCUCUUACAGUCUCUUUUGAAACAGUGUUACAGAUAUUCAAUAACAACUUUAAACAAGAAGAUGUAAAGCGUCUGUUGAUCGGGCUGGCAAGAGAUCUUCGAGGGAUUGCCUUUGCACUGAACACAAAGACCAGCUACACCAUGCUGUUUGACUGGAUGCUUUAUAAAAGGUACCCAACCUAUAUUCCCAUCCUUCAGAGGGCUGUUGAGCAGUGGUAUGGAGAGCCAGCGUGUACAACUCCCAUCUUAAAACUUAUGGCAGAACUGAUGCAAAACAGAUCCCAGCGUUUGAACUUUGAUGUAUCAUCUCCUAAUGGAAUUCUUCUCUUCAGAGAAGCUAGUAAAAUGAUUUGCACUUAUGGUAAUCAGAUCCUGUCCCUUGGGAGCCUCUCAAAAGAUCAGAUUUAUCCAAUGAAACUCAAGGGCAUCUCCAUCUGCUAUUCAGCUCUCAAGUCUGCCUUGUGUGGAAAUUAUGUCAGCUUUGGCGUCUUCAAGUUGUAUGGGGACAACCAUUUUGACAAUGUACUCCAGGCCUUUGUCAAAAUGCUGCUGUCAGUGUCCCACAGUGACUUGCUACAAUAUCGGAAGCUGAGCCAGUCUUAUUAUCCACUCCUGGAAUGUCUCACCCAGGACCACAUGAGCUUCGUCACCAACUUAGAGCCUCCUGUACUCCUAUAUGUUCUCACAUCUAUCUCAGAGGGACUCAGUACUCUUGAUACAGUUGUCUCCUCCAGCUGCUGUACCAGUUUAGACUACAUCGUCACCUACCUCUUCAAGCACAUAGCAAAAGAGGGCAGGAAGCCACUUCGAUGCAGAGAGGCUGCCCAGGCUGGUCAGAGACUAUUACAUUUUAUGCAGCAAAAUCCAGAGGUCCUGCAGCAGAUGAUGUCUGUCCUCAUGAAUACCAUUGUCUUCGAAGACUGUCGGAACCAGUGGUCAGUAUCCAGGCCUCUCCUGGGGCUCAUCCUGCUCAACGAGAAGUAUUUCAGUGAACUGAGGGCAAGUCUGAUAAACAGCCAGCCUCUCCCCAAGCAGGAGGUCCUUGCCCAGUGCUUCAGGAACCUAAUGGAAGGAGUGGAGCAGAACCUGUCUGUCAAGAACAGAGACAGGUUCACCCAGAACCUCUCGGUCUUCAGAAGAGAUGUGGCAGAGGCCCUGCGCAGUGAUGGCAGCACCGAACCGUGCAGUCUGGACAUGAUGAGCUGACCCGACUUCUGACCGUGUGCCGAGCAGCUUUUAUCAAGAGACUUGUGGGUCUGGAUCCCAGGACAGUGAUGUUGGCUAGCCCAGGGGAAUCUAUUUUUCAAAACAAACAAACAACAACAACAAGAGUCCUACCUUUUUAUAAGCCUGGCCUAAUUGUAAGAAUUUAUAAUAGCGCACAAACAAUGUAAGUUCAGUCUUUGCACUGAAAAAGCAAAAGAUGUGUUUUCAGUCUUUCUAUAAAAUAUCAUCUAUCUUUGUUCUUAUAAUGCUCUGAAAGGGUGUAGAGACAACAUUUAACCAAAGAAUAUAAUAAACCAGGUUUACGCCUAAGUGUGUACUAGUUAAUGGUUCUGCAGUCAAGGUUGUGAAUUUGUGAGAGAUGCAACCUUCAACAUAGAUCCCGGAUUGAGACAAAUAUACCAUUUGAACCUGUUAAAUUAGUAGUUUGUUAUGAGUCUGGAAAAAGCAGCACUGGGGACUCUGAGCUGUGGGCACUUAGAACGAGCCUGGGAGCCCUCCAGAGCGCCCCACGGGACUGCACACAGCCCUCUCCGCCUCAGCAGCGACUGAUAAAGUUGAGAGACGGUAACGCAAUUAAAUGACUUACAAACAACGUUUGCUCUUCACUGGCAUAAAUCUGAAGUGGUUUAGUCUAGAAGAAUUAAGCUGUGCAAUUACUGCCUGCAGAGAUAUUUCUUCAGAAGGAGUAGGUGGCCCCAGCAAGAAGCUCUGGGUGCUACCAGCACCCAGGCCUGCCUCCAUUUAAUUUUUAGGAGAAGCUGAGGGUGUCCAGUCAAAAUACAGAUUCAAAGCUGCUCUGCCUUCUUGGGCCACCCAGAACAGUUCUAGGUGCUAAAGUACAGAUUUUCAGAGGAUGAGGAUCAGUUGGUUUCCAUCCUUCCACAAAAACUCUUCCUACCGUGGGGAUUGCAGCUCGGCCCAAACCCAGGACAAGGAGGAAGCCUUUCCAGUUCGUGAGGGACUGGAGCUAGGCUAUUAAUUUGAGAUUGCCACUGUCAGAUGGCUUUGGUGCCUCACUGCUCCGUCUUCAUGGCUCAGGCUUGUAGUAAAUAUUGUUCCCUUUAUUUCUGAUAAGACACGAAAGGUUGGCCUUACUGUUGAAGAAGAAGUAAAUCUACAAGCUCCUGUUAGAAUCUCGUUUCUCAGACUAGUAUUUCUUGAAAACUUUCUUGAUAGCUGAGUUUUACAACAGGCUUGUCACAGAAAAGCAAAGUCACCCAAGUUUAUCUCAAAAUGUUUGUCUUCCGUGUGUGAACCCAGGAAAUCAGGGAAAAGUGUGUUCUAGGUAGGGUUACUUCUGGUAUCUAAUGGAGAAGGAAGCCUCAGCCUUACACUUUGUUUCAUUAGCAGUGGGAUAAAUUUCCACAAGAAGGCAAAUUCUGAACUUCAUAAAACCUCAACUGUUUAGAGAAGUCUGACUUGAGAAUUUUCUCUUUCUCAUGGGCUUAUUACUGUACACUACUCAUCCCCAAAAAUAUCCUUCAUAGAAGACCUAUCCCCUUCUGACACUGUUUUUUGGUUUGUUUGUUUUUUGUUUUUGUUUUUGAAAAAGGUCCAAGACCUGGGAGUUCCCUAGUGACCUAGUGGUUAGGAUUCCGGGCUUUCACUGCCAUGGCCCGGCUUCAACCCCUGGUCGGGGAACUAAGAUCCUGCAAGCCGCGUG